AUUAUAUUAACAGUGGCGAGCAACAAUAAACUCCGAUCGUUCCUAAUGAUGUUUCGUUUAACGGCCUCAAUAAAAAUACAAAGUAGCCGGCAAUUCAAACGAAAAUUGACUAACGCGGCACGUGGUUUGGAGGGAAGUGAGGAUGCAGAGUUGAUACACACCCCCCGCCAUUCAAGCAGCCCUAUCGCGCCUCAGUCUGUUGCCUCUCGUCGCGGUGAGUGCUCGUCUCCCUGCUCCACAAUCAACUUCGGUUGCGUCACUCGUGAAUAACAAGUGCAACCGUACUGGAUAAGUGGCAUGGUGGUUCGAUGGUGUUGUUAAAAAUGGUGCGACGGCGGGAUUACAGGCGCUCCGCGUUCACCAAAUUUUGCACCACACUGUUGUGGUUCCUUACCUGUUUUAAUGAUUUACACGCAAUAAAAAUAGUGAAAGUCGUGGUGCCAGAAAUAAUCCAAUAUGGCGUUCAGGACGCAGUCAUACUAGAUUGUGAUUACACAUAUGGGAACGAUACGUCGGGACUAGUGGUGAAGUGGUUCUUUAGGAAUAAAACGCGACCAGUGUAUCAGUGGAUACCGUCACAGAAGCCGCAGGAUUUGGGUAUUUUAAGGAGUAGAGUAGACUUGACAUAUAAGGCCUCGAAUGAUCCGCUGAAGAUGCACCGGGCACUAAGGAUAGUGAAACCGAAUACGGAUAUUUCUGGAGACUACACGUGUGUGGUGUCCACCUUUAUGGCGGAAGAUCAGAGGACAAAGCAGAUGAUUGUUUUCGUUCCCGAGACAAAUUUCCGCCUUAUCCAGAACAAGACUGAUGACGACACAGUGAACGUCAUUUGCGCUGCAGAGGGAGCCUACCCAGCACCCAAUCUUACGCUAGCAACGCCUGAGAGGUUACUAGAUGGCGUAACAAGAGACCUCAAACUGGUGAACGGAAGGUAUUCGGCCGUGGCAUCAGUGACGCUACGCGAUGAGGAUCUGCCAUCGCCCGCUGAGUUCAUCUGUACCCUGAGGAUACCGCAAGCAAAAUACGCGGUGCGGAAGGAAGCCAUUUAUUACCCAGGACCUAUAAGCACAACUCCUGAGAUGCCUACGGCAGCGGAUAUGCAAUUGGCCGCAGCUGUUGGUUCAAAAGGGGCAAAUUUGUACACCGCGAUCACCAUGGUAGCGCUGCCAGUUCUAGCUCAAAUGUUAGUAUUAUAAGUCAACAGAGAGAAUACAAAAGGUAAAACAUUUUCCUCAUUGUGUAAGAAAAGUCUCAACAGACAGUUAAAUUAAUUUUUCAAUAUUGUCCAAAAUACCUAUAUUAUUAUGCGCAGUUAUAGACCGACCGCUUAAAUGAGUCCUCGCCUGCGUGGUACUGCAGGGGCGACGGGGUAGGACGACUAACAUUCCAUUUCUAACCGCAGCUGCACUACCGGUACUGAACGCAUCGCUGUCCUUGUCAAUUUCCAUAGUAAAAUGAACAGUAGUGUAGCUGUCGUUGGAAAUGGACUGUCACUUUAAUAGUAACAGUCCAUUUCUAACCGCAGCUGCACUACCGGUACUGAACGCGUCGCUAUCAUUGGCAAUUUCCAUAGCAAAAUGAACAGUAAUGCAGCUGUCGUUGGAAAUGGACUGUCACCGUUAGGGUGACGGGGAAGCUGCGGGCGGCAGGCGUACGGCGCGUUCGGUCUAUAGUGGAAAUUGUUUAAAUAUGGAGUGAUGUGGACCAUACACAUACACCAUGCUAAUAUUUUGCCAGUUGUUGUUAAUAUAGUCAUGUCCCUUUAGUAACAUGUAUCAGUUGUCCAGAUUUUUAGGCAUGCCAGAUGUAACUUUUAAUGUAUUCUGUUAGUAAAUCUAACAAGUGUUUUUAGGAAUAUUUAUUUUCCAAAUACUAUUAACUCGAACUGUGGAUCUCCUAGUACUACUAUACCAUCAAAGUAUAUUUUGGAUUGUAGUAGCCGCAAUACCAACUAACGACUGAGGUCAUAAUGCCAUCUCUUUCACUCUUGAUUAGUCUUGACAAGGGUAAAGGUGAUAGCAUUAUGACCUCAGUCGCAAAGUGGUGUUGCGGUGAGUACUUCAUAAAAUAAACAUAUUACUGCAAUGGGUAGGAGAAUAAUUUAAAAUGCAUUAAUUUCAUAUCAUUAUAUUAUUAUUUGUUUAUGAGCAAGCAUAUUAAAUUUACAUAUUUAUUUUCCGUAUAUAUUUGGUCCACAUUCACGGUCCUCUGUAAAUUUAUAUUUGUACAAAAGAAAAUAUAUGAUGUGGUUCAUAUUUAAACAAAAUCUUAAUUAUAAAUUAAUCUUACUUUGAGAUCGUCCCUGAUGCUUUAAUUUAUCAAGUUCAGAAAUUCUUUCUUUUUCAAGAGCAAUUUUUAAUGAAUAUGGGUUUUAAAAAUAUGAAUUUUAAAAGGAAACUUAGAUUUUGCUGUUUAAACUUUAAUGUCAAUACUUAAGUGGGGAUAGGGAUGCGCCAGAACGGGGUUCGAUCGAUAGCCCUAUCUUCUACACAUAAAAAAAAUGUUAACGUGUAUGUAGGUAGAUACUAUAUAUUACCGUUCAAUCUAAUCGUUCGAACUUGCUGGUAUACCAACAUACUGAUCUAAACGUUUUUACUGUGUUAAUUAAUUUAGAUAAGCAGGGAAGACCGAGGCGAGUUGUGACAGAGGAGAGUUGUGACAUUGUCGAUUUUUUGGAAUCUAUUAACUACUUAAAAACUAGAUGGCAAUAGCGCGCGUUUGUUAGUUCAUAUUGCGAGCUAACAAAUGCACACUGUUGCGAGCUCACUAACAGUUAUUAGAUUCCAAAAAAUCGACAAUGUCACAACUCUCCUCUGUCACAACUCACCUCGGUCUCCACUAAUUGUUAUUGUUGCAUCUAACAUCUGUUUAAUUGUUGCAGGUUAGGUCCAGUAAAUAAAAUGGUUCAUAUUUUGUACUGAAGGCAUUCUAAGAUUAAAGAUAUUAUUAUGAUCUCUAGUCAUAAUCCAAAGUGGCACUAAACUAACUACCAAAGUUUAUAAAACUAGUUCACAGCUCUUUUCGUUGUAACUUUAAUUUUAUAUUGAUAUACCUACCUAAUACGUUAUUUUUUUAAGUCGUAAUUUAAAAUUAGUAAGGUCAUACAGAUAAGUUUGGCUGAGAGAUUAGUGUGGCUGGCCUUCACAUUAGGUCAGAAGGUCUACCGCGUACGUUCGACGUGUCGCCUCCCUGUCAUACUUACGUACGAAUAUACAAGAGCGACAAAGAGGCAACACGUCGAACGUGGUUCGCGGUAGGCCCUCUGGUUACCUACACGUUGAAAGGUGUUUAUUGUAAGUUCUUUCAUAUGUUUGCCAAUACCACGUAAUAAACACUAUAAUUAAUGUGUAAACAGGCCCACAUGUGAAGGCCAGCCAUAUUUAACCAAGCAGCCACACUUAUCCGUAUUGACCCUAACUAACAAGCAAGAAAUUUAAAAACUUUUACAAGUUCAUAUUUUGGAUUAACUAAUAGAACAGAUUUGACUUUAAGUACUGUGUUAUUAUGACAUAAUAAAAAUGACAUAUAAUGAAAAUGUGUUACAUACAGACAUAAAAUGUGAUCUCAGUUUUACUUUUACCUUUGUUACGGGACACGAAUAAAAAUAAGUUUUACAGUACAUAUUAUGGUCCUAUUUUCCCGCACUAGUGCAUAAAAUAGCACUUUUCGUGCGUACGAGUAUGUCAAAAGUUUAAAGGAACAUAUGUACUGAAAAACGUUGUACGAUACACGUGCCAAAAGGUAAUUCGCAACUCGUUAUCGCACUUGUAUCGUAAAUAACUAUUCCUGCCUGGUAUGUAAAAUGACAAUGUCGUAAUUAUUAACCACCAUAUUCAUGAAACUUAGCAAUCUCAACCAACAAACCUUUAUGCCUUUGUCUCUUUCUAACAAACAGAAAUUGCAUAUAACAGAACGAUUAUCAACGGUUUGUUAGAUAGGACAGACGUUAAAUGAUAACGCCAUGAAUGUCUACAAAAAUAUUUAGUAUUAAGUUCCCUUUCAAAUUUGUUGUUUGUGGUAAUAUUUAAGAAGGUCAACUAUUACAAUUAUAGUUUUAAGAAACUCAAGCCAAAGCAAGCACUCAAGCAAAUAGGCCGAAUAAACGCGUUACUUUAAAAACAAUAAGAAUAUAGAGUUAGAACGAGACAACACUGCCGCGAUUUUAGAAGCCCACGCAGUGCUCAAGUGUUAUUUACACGUCAUAAUCUCAUAGAAGUUUGACGUUUAAAGUGACACUUGCACUGCGUGGGCUAUCAAAAACGCUGCAGACUUUUCUCGGUCUGACUCUAGACAAUUUUGAAUCACCUUCGAAACAUAAGCAAUUCAAUUAACAUUUGCGUGUUGACAGCUAAAUUUCGAUAAUUUAAUAAAUUCGAUAAAGAAAUUAGAUAAUUAAUUGUACAGCUCUGUUUUCUAUGAAUUCCUAUUAUUUAAACAACACUAGAAUAAUGUAAAUAACAUACCGUUUGAAUAAAAAAAUGUACAGUUUCUGAACACGGGCCUAAAUGCCGAAGCUCGUGUUUUAUGUGUCUGUCAUGUAUUUUCGAAGUAGUUGUUAGCUAAUAUUAUGGCUUCAUUUGUUUUGAUAAGACCCAUCAGUUUUUAGAAUACGUAUUGACAUUCGUAAAUUGUAAGAUCGCUGUAUUAGUGUUCAAAAAAGUAUUUUCAGCAUCGAAGUGACCCGUUGUAUAGGUAUGCAUGUUUAAAGCAGGCCACUGACGAGCCUUCCAAAUGGGUGCCGUUACAAUGGAUUCAUCCAAAUGGACGCCAUAUUAAUAUUAAACAUUGUACGUUUUUGACAUUCACGGACCGAUUUUGGAUUGCAGCCACGCUAUUUGGACUGUUCGAAUGCUCGUCAGUGGCCUAAGGCCUUACCUGUACGCUGUAGGGCAGUACCUUAAGGCACAUAGUCAAUCAAACGUUACAAUAAUUGUUAAAAAGCGUAAAAACAACGCCAAAAUUGUUAAUGCGCUUAUGUGACAGAUAUAAAUUAAACACGUUUUCUGUGCACAUGUUAUGCACAGUUUUUUAUAUUUUUUCCAUAUUAAAGAAGCUGCAUUGCUUAAAAAGAAGAAGUAUAACUAAAUGUGUCAAACAUAUUUAGUUAAUAAUAUUUUACUUUUGAAAUGUAACAUUUUAUAAAAAGCGUUAAAAUAGUGAUUUCAAAAAUGCAACUAUACGUGAUUUAAUUUAACUCAUAAAGUGAAAAUGUAAAAAAUAACUGCUUUAGUUAAGAGUUCGUAUUAUAGAAAAAUAAAUUGAGUAAGUAUGUAGUACACGAAAAUUUAUUUAUUUUUAAUAAAAUAUAAAUCACAAUAUACGUAUUUCGGUACAAAUAAUGUUUAGUUUAAAAAGUGUUUGGAUUUGAGGGCCGAUCCCUUUUGACACAGGGUACCUAUCUAGAUUGUUUCGUUUUUAGUGUUCCGUACAAAACUUUGUUUACGGAACACUUAUUUUUUAUUAUAAUUACAUCAGUUUGGACAUCAUUAUGAAUUAUGGACAAUAUUUAACAUAAAUUCAAGUGUUUUUGCCCUUAUUCGUAAACGAUAUUUAUUUUUAACUCUCGAUGCAAUUUGAGACCAAUUAUAAAUCAAUUGAGAAUUUGAAGUUCAUGGAUAAGGGCUUGUAAAUAAUUAUUUGUAUGGAAUUUGUAUGUAUAAUAAAUAUGUAAGUUUUUUUGAGUAAGGAAAUAAUAAUAAUACAUUUGCUGUGCAUAUUGCCGUUUAUGGAUAAGAUCCACUCAAGACUUUUAUUGUGAGAUUUCUUAAUUAAAAUAAAAGGAUCGUUGUGUA